AGCCGAACAUCGUAGAAAAAUAACUAACACCGCCUAAAACCAGAGAACUCUGAACUCUGAAGGCACGUCGAGGAAGAUGGGAGUGACCAAGGAGAAAGUCGAAUCGACGUUGACUUCGAAGUUGAAUCCUUCACAUCUCGAAGUAGAAGAUAUAUCUGGAGGGUGUGGUACAAGUUUUGCUUUAGAGAUUGUCUCAGAACAGUUUGAGGGAAAAAGGUUGCUAGAGAGGCAUCGUUUGGUGAAUGCUGCUCUGGCUGAAGAAAUGAAAGAGAUUCAUGCUCUCUCAAUAAAGAAAGCACAGACCCCAGAGCAGUGGAAACAACAGAAGUCGUCUGAAGUAUCUAAACCUGCUGCUUAAGGCAUGUUUUUAAGAUCGCCAUAGUAUGUUAUAUGUAACUGAUGAACAGCGGUGAAUUCGACAGACUUAAAAGUUGUAUUAUACUGUUUCUCGUGGAUUAAUAUGUGGCCGAAUUUAGAAUAAAUGGCUUGUACAUUGUUAAUCUGCAAUUUGCUUUAUCUUUGGCAGGUUAUUAAAUUUUUGCUCUUUCGACCCUG